AUUUUUUUUAUCGCAGCUUUCCUCCUCCGCCGCCUCCUUCUUGCUCCAGUCCGGAUCGACGCGUCCCCGACGUUUCCUUGUUGCUGCAGUUGGAAUCAACCUGCUCAUCCAAAUCAAUUUCACCACCCAUAUUCUUCCACAUCGUUCUAAACCCAAAACCCAGAUCGCUGUUGCUCAUCCAAAACCCACACAGCCGCCGCCACCACCACGUUUUACAAAUUCCUCUUGACUGGAGUUAAGCCGCUGCUAGCUUUUGAGUAUCGAUUCAUUAUUAUGUGCUGUUAUCGGAACUGUCUCUUUUUUUUGGAAAUGAUUCGUAAUUGCUGUAAACUACGAAUUUAAAACCCGCAGCGGAGCACGGACACUUUCGCUCGUUUAACCUAAAUUCAAAACCCAGUACACAAAACCAAAAGCCAUUGGAAACUUGUUGAGCUCAUCAAAGUAGUAUCGUCUUCUUCAGAUAUGUCUCUUUCCUACUGGGACUACCUCAGCCUCCUCAUCCUCCGUCCUCUUUUUGCCAUCACAGUCGUCUUCUUGUUUAUCUCAGUUGGUUGGUGGCUGGCGUGGAAGCUGGUUUUGGUUCACGUUCCUCUGGUUCAAGAGAUUUUCGGGUUGCGAAAAAAGCCGGUCCAGCCCAAACCCCCGACUCGUCGCUUUUCUAAAAUUUACAACACCAUUGAAGCCCACAAUUCAGCUUCUAAAUGGGGAUCUGAUCGUAUUACAGACUCGGUAGUUUCCUGUGUGUUUGGAGGGCAAUCGACUGCGAACACCAAAGUUUGUUUCUUUGAUGCAACAAACAAAUUGUCAUUGGAAAUUCAGGUACUUGAACGCCAGUAGAUUACGUUGUGUAUAUAUAGAUUUUAUUUGAUCUCUUCGUUCUGUGAUGCAAGAAGUUUGUGAAUUACAUGUAAUUUUCCAGAAAUCCAAGAUGUAUAGCGUUUGCUUGAAUUUAAUUUUAGUGCUGUCACACUAAAUUAUCAAGUAAUUAUCAAUAUUUCCUUCCAAUAUGGGAUAUCUUAAAACUUUUGAGGCAAAGGAAGCCAUCAA